AGUGCGCAUGUGCGGUGGAGUGAAAGCAGACAGCUGGCGCGAAGCAGUGGGGUCUUGCUCUGCGUGGACAACUUCCCACAACAAUUAAAGGAGACAAUGUCAGCUGAGACUUUCACCGGCAGGCACCCGGUUGUAGGUUUCUAAAAAGUGAGAGUCGGUCCAAAGUUUAAAGGGAGUUCCGGGAGUACGGCAGUUUGAACUCCAGCAACGUUACUUGAUGCUACUGCUCCCUUAAGCUAACACCAUGACUUCAUUGACUCUGAGUGGAGUGACGGUGAAUUUCCCCUUCCCUCCGUAUGACUGCCAGAAGGAAUACAUGAAGAAAGUGAUUGAAUGUCUUCAGAAUAAAGUAAAUGGGGUUCUGGAGAGUCCAACAGGAACGGGUAAAACCCUGUGCCUGCUUUGCGCCACUCUUGCCUGGAGGGACCGCUUCAAGGACAGCAUCUCUGCCAGAAAGAUAGCACAGAGACUGGGUGGAGAGGAGAUGUUCCCAAACACACCGCUGUCCUCCUGGGGUACAGCUGCUACGGACGGUGACAAACCAACCUACUACACUGAUGUUCCCAAGAUUAUAUACGCAUCUCGGACACACUCGCAGCUCGCGCAGGUUAUCAAUGAGUUAAAGAGCAGCUCAUACAGGCCAAAAGUGUGUGUGCUGGGAUCCAGAGAGCAGCUGUGUAUCAACCCAGACGUCAUGAGGCAGGAAAGCAACCAUGUGAAGGUCCAUAUGUGCAGAGCAAAAGUUUCCACCAGGUCAUGUCUCUACUACAAUAAUGUUGAAGAGAAAAGUACUGACAAAGACUUGACAACUUCUAUCCUUGAUGUGGAAGAUUUGGUCAAGUACGGCAACAAACAGAGGGUCUGCCCUUACUACCUCUCUCGCUCCCUAAAACAGCAAGCAGACAUCAUUUUUAUGCCGUACAACUACUUGCUGGAUCCAAAGAGCCGCAGGGCACACAACAUCGAGCUGAAUGGUGCUGUGGUCAUCUUUGAUGAAGCUCACAAUGUGGAGAAAACAUGUGAAGAAUCCACAUCAUUUGACCUGACUCCCUAUGAUGUAACCUCAGCCAUUAAUGCUGUGGACAAGCUGCUGUUGGAGCAGGUCAAAGAAGCCAGCCAUGGAGACUCUGCCACUGAGGACUUCAAUGUAGAAUCCCUCAGUUCUGGUUUAAAAAUCGAUAUAGAAACCAUUGCUAAAAUCAAGCAGAUACUUCUGGAUCUGGAAGCUGCCAUCGAUUCCUACGAUCCCAGUGACAAAGGCAUCACAAAACCAGGAAUCUUCAUCUAUGAGCUGCUGCAGAAAGCCCACGUGACCUUUAGCACCAAGACGGUGGUCUGUGAUGCUCUGGAGCAGAUCAGUGGAUACUUGAGUGGACAGUCUGGUAUAUUUCUCAAUACAAGUGGAUUACAGAAACUGGCUGAUCUCAUACAGGUAGUGUUCUGUGGUGAACCAUCAGAAAAAGAAAGAGAACAGCAGAUGCAAUCCAACACAACUCAUUUUAAGGUUCACAUCCAUCGAGACACCAGCUAUCACACCAAAAAGCAGAGCAGUGAUGUAUGGGCUCCAUCUUCAUCAAAAAAACAAGGGAACAUCCUUAGUUACUGGUGCUUCUCUCCUGGAUUCAGCAUGCAGGAUCUCGUGAAUCAAGGCGUUCGCUGCAUCAUCCUGACCAGUGGUACCCUCUCUCCCCUGUCCUCAUUCACCUCUGAGAUGAGGAUAAAAUUCCCAGUGUCUCUGGAGAAUAGCCACGUGAUCGAGCGGGACCAGAUCUUUGUUAGCAUCAUUGAUCGAGGCCCUGAUGGAGUGCACUUAAGUUCAGCAUUUGAUCGGAGGUUUGUUCCUGAAAACAUGGCAUCCUUAGGCAACACUGUUGCCAACCUCAGCCGUGUGGUUCCUCAUGGUCUGUUGGUGUUUUUCCCUUCCUUCCCUUUAAUGACAAAAACUCUGGACUUCUGGAGAGCUAAUGGACACGCAGAUCGCAUUGAAAAUGUAAAACCCAUGUUUGUUGAACCGAAGGGGAAGGGCACCUUCACGGAGGUCAUUGAUGGCUAUUACAGCAAAGUUAAUUGUUCUUCAUCCAAAGGGGCCAGCUUCUUUGCUGUUUGUCGAGGGAAGGCGAGUGAGGGUCUGGAUUUUGCAAACACCUUUGGUCGGGGUGUCAUCAUCACCGGUCUUCCAUUUCCUCCAAAGCUGGACCCUCGAGUCAUCCUGAAGAUGCAGUUUUUGGAUGAGAUGAGCUGGAAGAAACUUCCUGGGCUGAAGUACUUAUCUGGCCAGGAGUGGUACAGACAGCAAGCUUUCAGAGCUGUGAACCAGGCCAUCGGUAGAGUGAUUCGUCACAAGGAGGACUAUGGAGCCAUCUUUCUGUGUGAUCAGAGGUUUAGAAACUCUGAUGUCCGGGCUCAUCUUCCUUCAUGGGUCAGGCCUCAUGUGCGUCUUUAUGAGGGCUUUGGGAACGUGGUCCGUGAUGUGUCUCAGUUCUUCAGGGUUGCACAGAAAAUGAGACCUGUGGUCGAGAAGAAAGCUGCUCCAGAGAGUUGUGAGACAGCGUGUUUAUCAGACUCUGAGUCCUCUGGUUCCACGUCCUGCUCUACUUACCAAAGCUCGUCCACUCAGAAGGCGAAGUUUCUGGAUGCCCACCUUCCCAGCCUGAAGAGGAGAAGACUCAAUGAACACCGUGGAGCUAAUGGAAUGGCCAGAAUUUGUCUUGAGUACGAGAGUGAUGUGCAGGAGAACCAGAGGAGGCCAGCCAAUCUGCUGGAUGCUCUGGAGCGUGGCGACCAUCGUAGUGUAAAGGACGCCGACUCUCUCAUGGGAGAGGAAAAGGCGAGCCACUUGUCCACAUUGUCUCUUCAACAUGACAAGAGGAUGGAUGAUGAAUUGCGAGGAGGAAAACGUAAAAUCAAGUUGGUCCAAGAGCAGAAACUACGUGGCUCUGGGGAUGUGUCUGAGGAAAGUAAGGCCACCAGGGCUAAAAGGUUCCUGGCAGACAUGAAGAAGUCACUGAGCCAGGUCAGUUAUGACUGCGUCGUUCAGGGUCUGCAGACCUACAAGACCACUGACGACCUGGAUGCCCUGCUGACUGAGACAGCUGUCCUCACUGAAUACUCCAGUACUCACAGUCUGCUCCGCGGCGUCUACCAGUUCAUUCGCCCGCAUCACAAAAAGAGGUUUGAUGAAAAAUGCAAGGAGUUGACUGGACAGGGCUGUGGGUACAGACCUGAUCACUCACUGACCAAAGACGAGAGGAAAGCAGUGAUGGCGAAAAGCGCUACAGAGAGACACCCUGCUGUAGGUGUAGCCUCCUCCUCUACCUGCACUCAGCUGAAUACACAACAGCUCAACCAAGGAGGACAUCAUUUAACCCAGCAAGGAUUAAGAGAACCUCAGGCUGCUUCACUAUCACCAUCUUUGAAGACACAAAGCAAGAUUUCCACGUUUUUCUCAAGCAGCCAAAGAAGAUAAAAUGUCUGGACACUGACGAUGGAUUUGUCAUUGAUUGGAGGGACUGAAUUAAUGGACCAGAAAAAGUGUUGAUCUCAAAAGCAACACAGUCCUGUUUUUGUAUAUGUAGGAAGUGGAUCAAUCAACUUAAUAAUGAUCCUGACUUUUGGGACAAGUGGCUCUAGAAAGGAGCAGCAAAUAGUGAUAUGGACACUUAAAACAAUGUUACUUUUUUUAAUUAUUAAACUCAUAAAAUUGC